AUGUUCCGUCGGAGAAGCUCGUCUCGCCAUCAGCCUCUGAACACCACUCCUUCUGAAUCCGCUCAGACUGCAGCUUCAAGAGCGUACAUAGCCAACAGAGACGCCAAUCUCUCAUCCGCUGCUGCCGCCGCCGCUCUACGAAGUCAUACAACACCUCCAACUUCGCCCGGAAAUGUCCAGACAAAACGAAUGCUGCAACGGCAGCUAUCGAACUCGUCUCGAGGCAGCGCAGCUGGAUUGCGCCAUGGUUCUCAGCCGACACUUCGCCGAACCCCUAGUUCCGGGUCGAUGACAUCGCGAACUUUCCGAGACCCGUCUCCAGGUCGAUCAAGCACCUCGGGCGCGGCGAGCCAUCAUCCUCCUGUCCCACCAAUUCCACAGAGCCUGCCAAGUCACUCUAUGCCGUCUCAAAGGUCAGCCAGUGUUCAACCGACAAGAGGCACCGCAUCGCCGUUGAGGAGGCUAGUGACUGGGCGAGGCGCCAGUCUUGAUCGCGGGCCUAGUAGUAUGACAGCGAGCCCAACCACUCCGCGGAACGUCUCACAGGGGAGCUCGCUUGAGCUGGACCGACCGGGGAGCAGGACGUCCAUAAAUUUCUCCUACCCGAUGAAUGCGCGCGCCAAUUCUCCUCCGCAAUCCCCGGUAGAAUGUGAAUUCCCGCGAAACUCUGGAGAGAAAUCGCCUAGCCCCCCUUCAAUUUCUCCUGUCGAAGCGGCUGGUAUACAACAAUCGAUCAAUAACACUGCAAACCGCAAGGUGAAGUUAAAGCCGAGAACAGCAGCGCCAGGAUCGAAAGAAAGAAGUCAUUUUGCACAUAAGACCAUGGGUGGACGCCCCACUGGCACAGCAAUACAAGAUGAAGUUGAAAACGAUGGACAAGAGUCGCAUGAAUCCGCAUCUCCACAAUCUUCAGGGGUCUCUACCGCCGAUUUUGCUCCUGGUCACUCUGUUCCGGUCCCAGAGGAUCGAACGUCUCUAGCCUCCGAAAAAGGUGAUAUUGCGCACAUUGCCAGGCCUCAGCCUAAAAAGCGACCAUCGAUGGUAAUGGAAGAUCAUGAAGGAGAGGAGUUAGCGGAAGCAGCACAUGCUGCGCAAGAAGCAGUUCCAGAACCUCCUGCUGUGUCAAAGCCUCAGCCACAAACCGAAAGCACUACCAUCCAAAAGCCGAUGCGUGAAGCCCUUGUCAUCUACCCACCCAAUGCUAUUCAGACAAACGUUAGUCCUCACACUCGUCCAUCACCAUCUACCUCAUCCACGCCGUCGUCCCCCAGCGACAGGCUCUUGGUAGACAACACUGUUUGCAUUCUACCCCAACGGCAAUCGUCUACAAGCCCUAACCGGUCUGCUCGAUUCUCAACUCAAUUGACCGUGGGGUCUGAAUCCCCUCUGCAUGAACCACCGCCGAGAUCAACAUCCCCGGCGAAGCCAGCUUUGAAAAAUUCGUCAUCCCCAGAUCGCCGAGUUCACUUGGGACAGACACCGAGCGAAUUCUCUGACGCUACAUCCGUAGCUUCGGAUGAUGGAUCGCGAGCCGGUUCCAAGAGGAGGGUUGCAAAGGUUAGCUUCGACGAUGAAGCGGAGGUUGUCGGGGUUGCUGCUAGUCCCCCUACGUCUCCAGAGCCAAUGAACAGAGCUCAAAGCCCAGUGGAAAAGGUCAAGCCCAGAAAAUGGUUUGGCAUCGGCAAGAAGAAGACUACGUCCAAGGAUGUUGCAGAAGAUGACGAUUUUGAGUCUGUGCUUAGACCUAGACCAGCCCUUCCGUCUUUUGGCAGUAUUCGUGGCAUGAGGGAAUCAGAAGAAGCCGCGGCUCUAGUAAUGGAUGAAAUCGAUUCGGAUUCGUCUUCGGAUGGCGACUUUGAUGCUCGGAACUCUGGUGUCUCUAGUGAUCAUGCCAUUGGUGCUAUACUUCGUAAUGCUCAAGAGCGUACCAACCAAACUCAGCAACAUCCGACAGAUGAAACUUCAGUGCCUGACUUAGGUUCGAAAGAACACCCGUCAGAAGUUUUAGAUGAGGUUGAGCCAGUGAAGGGUACAGGCGGAGUCCAUCAUCUUCCUACGGUUCAAGAGGAGCAGAGUUCGACUACUCCAUCAGAAGCUGGGGGCCCUUUGUCUGCGCAGAACACUGAGGUCGUCCCGAAAGAGGACAAUAUCAUUGAACAGCAGGUCGAUGAGCUCAAAGAAACCGUGCCUUCAAUUGCUAUUCAGCCUGCAACUCCUGGUGAAGAGCCACGGAAUAGUAUCGAUCUACGCAAUAUGCCAGGGGGCUUCCCAACAUAUAUUUCCGAGCGAGUAGCCGCAUCUGAAGGCAGCCAGCAAACUCCGGUGGACCCCAAAACCGCAAACCCGCCAGCAGAGGAAGCCGACAGUGAUGGUGAAUCGGGAGAAAGUAUCUAUAGCGAUGCUGCAGAGGACCCCCUUGAAUUCCAAGGCGAUGUAUUUGGCUCAAUCAAUGCUAUUGUCGACAGUCCCUUACCACCUCAAGCUCAAUUACCAAAAGAAGCUCCAGAGAGUCCUACUCGCACACUCAUGCAUCCUGAUCCAUUGGCAAACAUUUCAGAGCCGAUACCUUCUCCAUCUCUGGAAGCCAUCAAUCCUAGAAUGCCCGCAACACCUUCUGGCCCAACACAGGUGCCGAAUCCUGCUAGUCCUCUGGAAACGGUCGAGGAGCACCAAAAGCAAAGGUCUGAUCCAGCCGAAUCGUCUUGGCCGCUCAAGGAUGACGCAACGUCUCCUGCAGCUGGCGUUCAACAAAAGCCAAAGACACAAUCCUUGGAUCCUCACCACGGCUCUCAUCUGCGAAAAUCACUAGGGAUUUCAGAUGGUCAACAUGAACCAAGGCAGUCACUCAGAAGCACAUCUGGUCCGGCUUCGUCUGCUGCCACAAAACCAAGGCGUACACAGACAUCAAGUGCGACUCAGAUUACUGAUAACUCCCCGAAAAAACGAGCCGGCAAGGCUCUGCCGCAUUCAAUGACCUUUCCGGCCUCAGCUACAAAGGUUACGGCAGACGACAGCGAUUCAGAUAGCAGCUUCAAACGGACCAGGCGUUCGUCUCGGGUUGGACCUAGUGGUCAGUACACUAUGAAAAGAACGAUGCGUGCUGGCAGACCAAUGAGCAUGGCAGACUCGGACACACUCGUCGAGAGAACCACGUCCCCUCCACGUGCAUCGUCUAUGCGCACGACGUUGCGAGGACCAGCUUCUGAACGCUCUUCCGGGUUUUCAAGUUUGAGAGACAAGCCGGGGCGCCCACGACCGCGGGGCUCGGUGCUUUCCUCAAGCACACGGUCUCGAAUUGGCGACUCCGAUGACGAGGGUAGGGGUGCUCGCAGACUUUUCCAGAGUCGGUUUGCAGACUCCAGUGACGAGGAUGAGCCGACAUCGAGCAAUUUGACACCAGUCCGUGGUAUCCCUCGCCGUAAAGGCGGAUACGACGGAGACUCAACCGACCUGGACGAUAGCUCAGAUGAGGAAACUAAGACUGAUGUACGUAACGGCACGAAUAAACUUGUCGCACAAAUGACCCCGGAGGAAGUCGAAGCGAUUCUGUCCCAGCCCAAGAAAAAGGGCGGGCUUUUCUCUCGUCUAAGAUCACCGACUAGAGGCAGUGGGAAAGACGGCAAAGUCCGCAAGUCCUUGAUUGAGAGUCCGGCUAGGAGGGACACCCCUCUAGAGCGAUCUCGACAUGAACUGGCGCGGAUGAGGGAAGAAACAGCAUCUCCAAAACUUCAAAAAAGACAUAGAGCUGCUUCUGCUUUUGCCGAGACAUGGCCAUUGAAUGCCGAGCAAGCUUCGACAUUAGCUGGGUCAGCUGCACAUAGCACACAGAAUAGACCCUCUACAUCGGACGGUAUACCCAAUGACAAAAACAACAAUCGUCCUGUAUUCAGCCGACAUGGGACUAGUGAUAGCGUCGACUCGAGAGUGACCUCUGCUGCAUCCGAGGUUGUUAUAGGCCGGUCAGGCAAGAAGAAGCGGUUUCCCCUGUUGAGACGAGCAUUUGGCUUACGCGAUUGAUCUUGUCAUCUUCUCAUUAUAUUUUUCUUUUUGCUCCUUCGUGCUAUGACACUUUUUUAUUCACCGCGCGAGGUGAUAAUAACAUCUUUCUCCAUUUUUUUCUCUUGCCCACACCCAGAAUUUCAUGCGAUUUGUGACAUGAUAAUCCCACAAAAGCUAAAUCAUGUAUUUCACCCCAGAUUCCCAAAUAUCCUUACCUUUUUCAUACUCUACUUUUUUCUUGUGAAUUAUUCCACAUAUGUUCUACUUUCCGAGCACCCUUUCUUUCUGAUUCCUGAAAUUGAUUGAUACCAUCACACGGAGACUCUGGUUAUGACCAAACGCUUUUCUUUCGUUUCUUUUGGACCAAAACAGCAAUUGCCUUGGAUGGAGUUUAAUAUUUGUCUUCCCUUCGUAUUUAAUAUGGUGGAAGGAUUUUGUCUUAUAUGUUUCUUAUAUAUUCUUUGCUUGGGAAGCA